AUGAACGCAAGCAGAGUCGUUUUGGUAAUGUUAGCUUUACUUUUGAUCAGCCAAAUUGUCACAGAAGCCCGGUCACAUUCCCAUCAUAGAGGUCAAAAAGAAGAACUAAGAACAAGAAGAGGAAGCAGUAGAAGUAGGGGCAGUGGCGGGAGAAGAGCGAGUAGAUCUUCAAACUGUGAUCCAUUUUUCCUGUACCUGUUUGGAACCUGUGGUCAAUGGCCUUUCCCAACUGCUCCCUCUCCAGAUAACCCAUUUGAGCCCACACCAAGGCCCUCCCCUCGACGGAGAUCGCCACCGUUGCCCCCACCGGUUGUACAACCCCCUUUACUACCUUCUCCUCCUCCAUUACUCCCAUCACCACCACCACCCAUCACUUCCCCACCACCAUCAUCUCCACCACCAUCGCCCCCUCCUCCAUCACUCCCACCCCCAUCACCACCGCCACCAUUUCCGUCACCACCUCCACCAUUAGUGCCGUCACCACCACCACCAUCAAUCUCACCUCCAACUUUACCAUUUGUAUUCCCACCGCCACCACUAGUCUCUUCACCACCUCCACCUGAAAUCACUCCAUCCCCAAUCUUUCCAUGGCUAUCUCCUCCAGAUAUAAACGCAGACACCCCGCCCAUUCGACUUUUCUCACCACCGCCGGACCUUUUUCUUCCGCCACCGGAAGAAGAUACUCCCCCAGAUGAGUUGACACCAGCACCACCUCUAGUCCCAUUUUUUUCUCCGCCAGAUGAAUUCAGACCAGCAACGCCACUUCUGCCCAUAUUUGCUCCACCAUCGGAGCCAAACUUGCCACCGGAUGAGUUUCAACCAGCACCACCAUUUUUGCCCAUAUCUUUUCCACCACCAGCACAAGAUUUUCCGCCUGAUGAGACUGAACCGACACCGCUCGUCCCAAUAUUUUCUUCACCACCCGAGCCUCCACAAAUUCCAUUGCUACCACCAGAACAACCCUUUACAUUUACACCACCUAUUGAAACAAACCCUGGUGCACCAAAUCUUUUUCUGCCACCUCCAGUAAUUCCUGCUAUCCCCGAGAUUCCUGAUCAGCAGGCACUUCCAUUUUCUUCCACUCCACCAGCGCCAGAUACCGGUUUCGUCGAGCCAGUGCAGCCGAUGUCACCUCCACAGCCUUUCUUGCCACCAUUCCAGCUUCCUCCAUCUGAUUCGCCUCCUUUUAAGAGUUAA